AUGUCUUUACCAUUAGAAGUCGACGUCACAUUACCUGAUGGAACUAAAGUUCAACAACCAACAGGUUUGUUCAUUAACAAUGAAUUUGUUAAAUCUAAAUCUGGUGCUACUUUAGAUUCAAUUAAUCCUUCCACUGGUGAAGUUAAUUCUGCUGUUUAUGCUGCUGAAGAAGAAGAUAUCGAUAUUGCUGUUGCAGCUGCUCGUAAGUCUUUCAAGUCCUGGAAGAAGUCAACUGGUGUUGACAGAGGUAACUUAUUGUUUAAGUUUGCUGAUUUAUUAGAGAAGAAUAAAGAUUUACUUGCUGCUUUGGAAGCUUGGGAUUCUGGUAAGGCCAAGUAUACAAAUGCUAUCUUUGAUGUUGAAGAAGCUAUUAGAGUCUUCAGAUAUUAUGCUGGUUGGGCUGAUAAGAUUCAAGGUAAGCUCAUUCAAAAUGAUCCUAAAAAACUUGCUUAUACCAUCCAUGAACCAAUUGGUGUUUGUGGUCAAAUCAUUCCAUGGAAUUACCCUAUCUUGAUGGCUGUGUGGAAAAUUGCUCCAGCUGUUGCUGCUGGUAACACUCUUGUGUUGAAGACUUCUGAAAUUACUCCUUUGUCUCUUUUACACCUUGGUAAGUUAUGGGUUGAAGCUGGUUUCCCUGCUGGUGUUUUAAACAUAGUUACUGGUUACGGUGCUGUUGCUGGUAAUGCUUUGGCUUCUCAUCUUGAUGUUGAUAAGAUUGCCUUCACUGGUUCUACUGCCACUGGUAGAUUGAUUCAAAAGGCUGCUUCUUCAAACUUAAAGGCUGUUACCUUGGAAUGUGGUGGUAAGUCUCCUUUGAUUGUUAUGCCUGAUGCUGAUAUUGAACAAGCGGUUAAGUGGGCUGCCAUUGGUAUCAUGACUAACCAAGGUCAAGUCUGUACUUCUACCUCCAGAAUUUACGCCCACGAAGAUAUUUACGAUGACUUUGUUAAGAAGUUUGCUGAUCAUGUCCUUGCUGAAUAUAAACAAGGUAAUGUUUUCGGUCAAGAUAGCGUUGUUGGUCCUCAAAUUUCCAAGGUUCAUCACGACAAGAUUAUGUCCUACAUUGACAUUGGUAAGAAGGAGGGUGCCAAGGUUGUUAUUGGUGGUGAAAAGAAUGAAGAAGGUGAUUUGAAGAAUGGGUACUUCAUCAAGCCAACCAUCUUCUCUGACUGCAAACCAGACAUGAGAAUUAUUAAUGAAGAAAUCUUUGGUCCCGUUGUUGCCGUUUCUAAGUUUAAGACUGACGAAGAAGUAUUGGAAUGGGCCAACCAGACUGACUAUGGCUUAGGUGCUUCUAUCUUUACCAAGGACAUUGUUAGAGCUCAUCAAUUUGCUGCUGAUUUGGAGGCUGGUAUGGUUUGGAUUAACUCUUCCAAUGACUCUGAUCUUCACGUUCCUUUCGGUGGUGUUAAGAUGUCUGGUUUUGGAAGAGAAUUGGGUGAAUACGGUUUGACCAUGUACACUCAAGCCAAGGCUGUUCAUGUCAACAUGGGUACCAUUUUGUAA